AUGAUCUUUUGGUUGGCAUCUUUUGCAGCAAUGGCCAACGCGUUUGGUGAUGUGGAUUGCUCAUAUUUCAACCGAUACUACAAUACCAAUCGGUGGUGUCUGUUGGGUAAGGCGAUGAUUGCAUUUGGUUUGUUCAAUUGGGUGACGUUUUGCUUAUCGUUGAUCUUGCUUAUAAUUUUUACUGUUAUUCGCUGUGCAUCUCGCGGUGGUAUGAACAGUUUGUUGGCCGGUAAUAACUUCAAAAUGGGAGCCAUUUUCCCAGAGACAGUCCCCUCUAAGGCCACCCAGGACGUGGAAAAUACCGCAGGUGCUACUGGUGCUACUGGCAACGAAAUGGCUCCUGAAGCAUCGGGUGAAUCCAAAGUGGUUGACAAGGUAGAAUCUCCAACAACCCCAACUGAUGAAGUGACACCAUGA